CACGCGUUCUCAACUUUAGUUCUUUGCGAGUGGCCAACGCGUUCGGUCGUCGUGCGUGGUCGUCUGGAAAAAAAGAAACCCCUGAAACCGGAGCCUGCAAUCGAAGUUAUAGCAACAGCUGAACGUCUCCAGAACCAUUGCAGCUGUAUAGUGCUAUUUAUCUGUGUCUGUGCGCAUCCCGUCUUUGUUUGUGUGUGAGUGUGUGCGUGUUGGCCAGUUGAUUUCGGGCCCGUCAAACUGGGAGCGACAACCUAAUCAAUCAGUCACUCAAUAUGGCCAGUAUUUGUAAGAUCCGCGGCAGCUGCUCCUCCAGAAACAGGCUGCAUCUUCAACUGGGCUGGCCGCUCCUCGUGAUCGCCUGCUGCCUGCUGGCUUCAACUUCGUGCUCGGCUCAGUCAAUCGAGUCAACGACCUUGCCUCCGGAUGUGGAUGAAGGCACCACCUUACUUCCUAUUCUGUUGGAAGAGAGUUCAUCUACGCCGGAACCAACGAUUCAGAAUGUCACUACCACUACUCCUGUUCAGAUUAUAGAGGAUGCCAAAGUUGAGCAGGCUAUUUUGUCUGAUCCUGUUGAGGCCACGGACAACUUUGUAUCGGUCUACGGCGGGAACCUGGAGCAGGAUAUCAAGAACGACGUCAACAGCGAGGUGGAAGACGCACCUUCUCCCGUGGAACCUAUUAUCGAAGAUGUUCAAAAGGCCGCGGAAGCCGUACUUGAAAAUCAAGGGAGUGAGGCUGCAGUCCAAACUGCUCGCGAACCAAAAACCCUUGAUGUUGAAGAGGAUAACAAGCCAAUCCAAGACGAGGAUUCGGAGCCGGAGGACCAAGCGGAACCAGAGGCAGUAACAGACAACAUUGCCGGGUCCAGUGAGCAGGUGGAAAGCCGCAGCAGACCGCUGCCCAGCGUGACCAGUGACCUGGUUUCCGUGAUCCUCAACGAAGAUCGAGCCAUCACCGAGCAGCCAAUCACGAAGACCAAUCUUUUGGCCCUGGAGCAGGAGCACGAGGAGUUCGAGGGCGAGAACAGCACUCCGGAGCCAAUCUACGAGGAACCCAAGCACCAAGUGACCAAGAAACAGGGCGUGGUUGACCCCCUGCCCAUUGAAGUGGCCCCGGAAGUGGCUGAAGAACCAGAGAUUGACCAAGUGGCUCCGGAAGUGGCUGAGGAUCCAAAGACUGUCCGUAUGGAUAGGCAAUUUAAGGAGCCCAACGACAACCAAAAUGAUAUCGAUGACAACACUAUUGAAGGCGACGAGGCUCCAACCAAGACUUCGACUACAGCAGCUCCUUUGGUCAGCGCUGAACCCACUAAAUCAGUUCCUGAGCUGAAAGCAGAGAUCGAGAAGGAAGCAGAAGCUGAGGCCAAGGCGGAAAUCGAGGCUGAAGUGGAGGGCAACACUACUUCGGAAGAGAGUGUGGUGGAGGCCGUAGAUCCAAAUGAUGCGAAACCUGAAGAGGAGGCUGCCACAGAAGUUGCCAGGAUAGGCGAAGAGGAAAUAAACGAAGAAGCUUUAGAGCAACAAACUGAUCAGAGGGAACCCACUGCCACAGAAGUGGCCAAGACAAGCGUUGAGCAACCAAAGGAGGAAGUUGCAGAUCAACAAAUCGAUCAGAAGGCAACCACUAACCAGGAAUCUUCAGAGCCAAACUCCACAGAGAAACCACUGAAAGUAGAGGGCUCCCUAAAUGAAGAUGGUGAAUCUGUAGAAGAGAAAGAAAGCUUAGAAUCAGAGGAGAAACAAACCGAACGAACGGAAAUAGAUGACCAUUCCUCGGAGGAGGAGAAAGAGGAGCCGGUUGGGGGUGAGGCCAAGUCCUCUUCGGAUGAUAGUACUGCCACUCCGCUGGUCUCAUAUCCGCCGCACGAUGCUGGCCAGACCUUCGAUAGCAACUCGGCCGACGAGCAUUCGGCCCAGCUCUCGGGACCCUCCAACUACCGAUCCACCCUGAUCAUAGCCCUGUGCUCCGGCACCGCGGUGAUCUUCAUCGUGGCCUCACUGGUGAUCUUCGUGGUCUCCUUCCAGCGCCAGCACGGCACUCUGGACAUCGAGAUGCAGGAACAGCGCCUGGGCAAGGACGUCCAGGACGAGGACAAUGCCCAGAUGAAGCUGCUCGACGUGGAUCUCUCGUCGCCCGUCAUUCUGCCCAUGGGCAACGAGGAGACCGACGAAUGCCUGUAGACUCUCUCAGCACCAAGAGCAUCUUGGUGCCCUGUACAUAUUUAUUAACUCUGAGAUUGAGAAGAGGACUUCAUUUUGGUUUCUAAAUUGUUGACUGAGAGCAGCUGAAAGCAAAUCAAACGAAAUAUCGAAUCAAAUCGAAACGAAAUCAUUUGCCAUACUGUUUAAUUUUAAAUACACGUUAGACCCUAAGAUUUUGCAAAAGUUCGACAAAAUAUUUAUAUUUAGACACUUUUUUUAGAGCUAAGCGCACAUUUUAAUUGAGUCUGAUGAGAAGUCAGAAUAAAUAUUUUCGAUUGGUCAA